ACGCGUCACCCGGGACAGGGCCGCGCGUCCUUUUAUUUUGAAGGCAGCGGAAGUGGGUGUGCUGCUCGGACGGCUCGUUGUUAUAAGAGCCUCGUCGGGAGCUCUGGAGCUAGUGCUGGUCGGUGGUGCGUUGUGUCGCUGAUAGCCGCCCGGGGUCCCCACUCGCCCUCGCCGCUCAACUCCGACGCCUCACAAUCUGUCCCCGACGGUGCCGCGACACGCACGACGGACUCGAGGCUCCAGAUGGACCAGCAGGACCAGUCCUAUAUGUUUGCCAGUCUCACGCGGCCCCACUCGGAGCAGCUGCUGCAAGGCCUCCAGCUCCUGCGGCAGGAUCGCGAACUAUGUGACAUUGUCCUGCGUGUGGGGGAUGCCAAGAUCCACGCUCACAAAGUAGUGCUGGCGAGCAUCAGUCCGUACUUCAAGGCCAUGUUCACGGGUAACCUGUCGGAGAAGGAGACCUCUGAGGUGGAGUUCCAGUGCAUCGAUGAGACCGCCCUGCAGGCCAUCGUUGAGUAUGCAUACACUGGCACUGUGUUUAUCUCCCAGGAAACAGUGGAAUCUCUGCUGCCGGCUGCCAACUUACUCCAGGUUAAGCUAGUACUUAAGGAGUGCUGCUCCUUCUUAGAGAGCCAGCUGGAUGCCGGGAACUGUAUAGGCAUCUCUCGCUUUGCAGAGACAUAUGGCUGUCAUGAUCUGUGCCUGGCUGCGACGAAGUUCAUCUGUGAGAACUUUGAGGAAGUUUGUCAGACGGAGGAGUUUUUUGAACUGACGAGGGCAGAGUUGGACGAAAUUGUGUCCAACGACUGCCUCAAAGUGGUCACAGAGGAGACUGUGUUUUACGCCCUGGAAUCGUGGAUCAAAUAUGACGUGACUGAGAGACAGCAGCAUCUGGCUCAGCUGCUUCACUGUGUUCGCCUUCCACUCCUCAGCGUCAAAUUCCUCACUCGCCUAUAUGAAGCCAACCACCUUAUACGAGAUGACCACGCGUGCAAGCACCUGCUCAAUGAGGCCCUUAAAUACCAUUUUAUGCCUGAGCACAGACUCUCCUAUCAGACGGUGUUGUCGGCACGGCCCAGGUGUGCACCGAAGGUGCUGCUUGCAGUCGGAGGCAAGGCUGGACUGUUUGCCACAUUAGAAAGCAUGGAAAUGUAUUUCCCGCAGACAGAUUCGUGGAUUGGACUGGCCCCUCUCAGUGUGCCACGAUACGAGUUUGGUGUAGCAGUGCUGGACCACAAGGUGUACGUGGUGGGAGGCAUCGCCACACACAUGAGACAGGGCAUCAGCUAUCGGAGACACGAGAGCACAGUGGAGAGCUGGGACCCCGAAAGCAACACCUGGUCCUCGGUGGAGCGAAUGGCAGAGUGUCGCAGCACACUCGGAGUGGUGGUCCUGGCUGGAGAGCUGUACGCCCUCGGGGGCUACGACGGCCAGUAUUACCUCCAGUCGGUGGAGAAAUAUGUCCCCAAGUUGAAGGAGUGGCAGCCAGUGGCGCCCAUGACAAAGUCCCGCAGCUGCUUUGCCACUGCUGUGCUGGAUGGCAUGGUGUAUGCUAUUGGAGGCUAUGGGCCAGCCCACAUGAACAGCGUGGAGCGGUAUGACCCCAGCAAGGAUGCCUGGGAAAUGGUAGCCCCCAUGGCGGAUAAGAGGAUCAACUUUGGAGUGGGCGUCAUGCUCGGCUUCAUAUUUGUGGUGGGCGGACACAACGGAGUGUCGCACCUGUCCAGCAUUGAGAGGUAUGAUCCACACCAGAACCAGUGGACAGCCUGUCGGCCGAUGAACGAACCACGCACCGGUGUGGGCUCUGCCAUCGUGGACAACUACCUCUACGUGGUGGGAGGUCACUCUGGGUCAUCCUACCUGAACACUGUCCAGCGCUAUGACCCCAUCUCAGACAGCUGGUUGGACUCAAGCGGCAUGUUGUACUGCCGCUGUAACUUUGGCCUGACUGCCCUUUGACCCAUGGCCCAGCCAGCUAGGACCCAAUGAGAGAACUUAGACACAAAGACUUUUCUUUUUUGUUGUCUCCUCCUCCUCCUUCCUACAUUCAUCCUCCAGGUGCAGAGGAGCGCUGAACAGCAUCGGGAACACCAGAGGAGAGGGAGAGAGAGCCUGCUGGGUGGAUGGAUGUGCUGGGCUAGCUGGCGGGGCUAGAGGGGGACCACAGACAUGGCUGCAGAGAGGAAGGGCUACACAGUCGUGUGGAUAAGGAAGGAAGAUGAUUGGACAGCUGUUGUCACGGGCACGAGGAGACAACCGCUCUGCUGCUGCUGGACCACAAUAAGGACUCUGAGCCAUUUCCCAGAGGAUUGUGGGAGAAAUCUUGUCACUUUUGUUUGAAUAUUAAUGUCAGCAGACAUUUGUUUUUCUGUUUUUCUUCAUGCCAUUUAACACUUAAGUUUGUUUUGUUUGUUUGAUGUUUUUCUUUUCCUUAAUUUCCCUGCUGCAACCCAGAAUCAUGCGUUCAAAGUUUUUGAAGAAACACAGCUGUUUGCUUGUGUCUUUGUAUGAAUAUGUGGUUGUUGGCCAUGUGGUGUGUAUGUCUGCGUGUAUGCUCGAACGGUACCUGCAUGUCAGAAUAGGAUUGUUUGUUUUGUUGCGUGUUUGUGGGCAGAACUGGUUCUCGGGCUCAGCGGCCCAGGAGUUCUGCAUCAAAAUCAGUGCUUCACAAAACGUUGAAAUGUUGGAAACUUUAUAUUUUCUCAAAAAGGGCUGCCUUUAUCUCUCUUGUAAAUGGUCUAAAUGAAAUAUAUAGAUAUGAAUAUAUCCUCUAGUGCAUUGCCUGUAAAUGUUAUUCUGCACUGGGUCUAGCGUGUGCGUGAAUGUGUGUGCGUGUGUGUUGUUGAUUCCAAGGGUCAAGAGAUGAGUGUUUCUAGUCUCUCCUUCAUUCUUGGAGCCAUGUAAAACAAAUCCCCAUGUUUAAGCUUCUGUUACAUCUUCCUUAGGUCGGGUCAUGCACUACUACUGUGCUACUCUUUACAAUAGUUGAAAUCGACCGCGGCCCUAUUUUUCACCCUUUGGUCUGUACACAAUACCAACUGGUGCUAUAUUUAGGAUUCAGGAUUCAGCUGUUUGUCUGUGUUGCCUCACGCAAUUAGGGCAACCUCUGCUUCGUUACUGCGUUAGAUGUUCACUCAUUUAAUUUAUGUGCGUUUAAAAUGCGGAAACACCUAAAUGGAACCCAACCAUGCAAUAAAAAUGAAGUGAAAGGAACAUCUGUGGUUGGAAAAACCACAAACUUUUGUUCCUAAAAUUGCCUAAAGCUCUUUAAAAAAUGGCACUUUGUUUUGUUUAUUAUUAUUGUUUAAAAUGUAUCCAUGUAUGUUUCUUUCCCUUUACAUUUGCCCUUAUACAGCAUAUGAGCAUGCUUUGCCAUUGUCUCAGUGCCUGUUGCCAGUACCAUGACCAAGGCUCUUUUUUUCCACCUCCAGUUGGGUGCGACACCUGGUCUUUAUGCUCGCCAACCCGCUACCAAACCCGUGACCCUCAUGUGGCCAUGGUUUGUUCACAGCGUCGUGUAAAGUGCCAAAACAUGGAGCUAAUUUUAUUUUAUUUUUUUCUCCAUUUGUUUGACCCCUAUUGUAGAAAUCCCCUGCAUCGCUCUUUUGCCACAAUCGAAAACACUUAUAGAUAGAUAUUAUUGCUAAUGUGUUAGCAUUAUAUUCCUCCAUGCUUUCAUAUGGAGAUGGAAGACUAAGCACCAAGGGCUGUGCCAGCCAACUCAGGCCAAGUUGUCCCUGUCACCAGUCCUGUGUCCUGGGAGAGAGACCAGACUAGCAGACAGCUGAGUGCUCCCCUGGGUGCGCGUGACCCCCGGGCCGGCUGAGGGCGUCGCUCGGUGCAGCCGUGGGCUCGACUGAGUGACGGGUCGAGCGGUUUGCAGCAAUAGAGGGGCCACUAGAUGAGGAGAAAGGCUACCUGUGGUGUGUGUCUUGUUGAAACACCGUUUACGUCCAAGUCUAGUUUGAGUUGCUUUGUGCACUGACGUUUGCACACACAUGGAAAACUUUAACCAAGCUCUGCAUUGCACUUACCAAACUAUUUGAUACACAUUGUAAUUUGUACAUAUGUUUUGAUUUUUGGCUAAUGGCAUUUAGAUGAUGCAAUAAGACUUGUGUUCCCUGCGCGGAUGAGUGUGUUUUUGUGUUUGUCUCGUUUCAGAAGCCAAGGCAUUUCAUAUUGCAUGUCAGUCCAUUCACACAGUCUGCUGCUGAUGUGGGCUUAUAGUGAAACAUAACAUGGUACCAUUGACUUCACCUCAUCCUACCAGACAUCCUGUGUUUGUUGUGCAUGUUGUUUAAUUUUUUACAUGGCCUAUGUUUAUUUAGGUAGAUAAAAAUGAUGGCUCUCAAUUUUAUCAAUUAGUGGCCAAUAAGAUAAAUUAAUUAAUAAAAAUAAUGGUCUUGGAAACACUAGACAGGACAUGUGCUCUUCCACUUUGCUCUUGACCUGAUGUUUUAGAUGAGAAGAGAAGUUUAAUGACAUUUGCCUUGUAUGUUGGUCGGGGCGUCACCGGUGAUACUUUUGUUGUUUGUUGCAGAUUGUUUGCAUCAUCACAUAGAGAAUUUUGUAAAUGUAAUGUACAAGCAACCCAAUGUGUGUGCUCCUGCAAGUAUGUCAAAUUAAUUUAAAAAAGAUGUGAAUGACCUUUUUUUAUUGUAUUUAUAAUUUGUACUAUUCAUGUCCUGUAACCCAUUUUUUGUUUUCCGUCUACUGUAAUAGAUUUUGUCACUUUACCGCGGCACAAGUCACGCUGGCGUGACAAUGUGCCACCACCAUGAUUCAUCUAGCAUCAAUGUUACAUGUGAUGUCAUGAUCUCUGACGUGUAUACUAACUACUUUACUGAAUAUUUGAGAGGCAGAUGAGAAGCUGCAAACGUUAAUCUGCAAAAGGAAAGGGUGUUAUAGUUGAGUUUGUACAUAUUUCUAUUACGGCCUAACCAAUGUCAUGUUUUUUUUUUGUUUUGCCACCACUCUCACCAAAGUGCUUGUUCAAAGAGAGCAGAUGGACGACUAAACACCUGGUCUGCAAUGGCCUGCCACUCUGUAAUGUCUGUGUCUGAAAGAGAAACUUCUUUGAAACUGAUGUCAAUGUUAGCCAAAUGACCACUCUGCUUCUUUUGCGUUUCCCAUCAUGUGUGUGGAGUGAGGCGACGAUCUUGAAUUUUAUAUCCUGUGGAUUAAUACUGGAAGUACAUGAUAACCCCUAGGUGUAGAAUACGGUAGCUUUUCACAUUUUCCCAUGUUUUGAUUGAAGACAUUUUACAUACAUUUUAGUAAGUUUGUUUGGUGCAGCUGUACCCAGUUUAAAAUUUAAAUAAAUGCCUGCCUUAAAGGGUAGUCUUGCUUUUAUGUGGCUCUUUUGACAUUCAUCCAAGCCGUUCAUACAAGCUGCAAAAUAAACUAAUCCGUGUGUUAUGCCAAAA